UUUUUAUUUAACAUAAAACACACGGAACACAGAGAUGGCAAUAAAAUCUUCGAUUGUUGAUUCGUUCAAUAGCAGGAGAAGAACAAAACAUAACACACACCUGUAACUAGAGAACUGAAACACAUGAUUCUGAAACAUAUGUUUAAGCAAAUUUCAUUUAUUAUUUUUCAAAGAGUGAUUAAAGCAUUUCAAUUUUUCAAAUAUUAUUGUUUGAUAAUGGUGGGGAGAAAAGUGUGCAUAGUAUGCAAAUAUUAUAGAGGUAAAUCUGUUGAAAACAGAUGUGUAUUUAAAAUCCCUGCAAAUAAAUUACAAAAUUGGCUAACCAUAUUAAACGCUUCAAAUGAUAAAAAAAACUAUUAUAUUUGCGAUAAGCAUUUUUUACAACAAUAUAUAAAACAUACCGCCCGUAAUACUGUAUUGGCCAUAGAUGCCGUCCCAACACUCCACCUAGACACUUAUAAAAAGAACAGCCCAUUAAAAAGCAAAGUGGAAGUAAUGGAACAGGACGACAACAAUAUUGCAUCAACAUCAAAAAGCUUAGGGAAAACCUUGGAUUAUAAUAGCCCAAAUAUAUCAGAAAAUACAGAAAAUACAAUACAGUUUCCGGAAGAGGGAAACCAUCAAAAUGCAAUACAGUCCCCGGAAGAGGGAAACGCAAUAGUGGAAAAUUCAAUUCUUUUGCAUUCAUCACCCCUUUUAUAACUAAAUGCAGCGAGCUAAGGUGACCAGAUUUCGCAGUUCUAAAUUCGGUGAAAUAAUUAUAUAAUGUUUUAAAUAAGCUUUUGCUGCAUUUUGAUGCAAAGACCAUGAAUUCGGGACCAAAAAGGAACUUGUAAAAAGCCACUUCAAUUUGUGUUAUUUUUCAAAAAAAUUACUUUAAACCUUAAAGAAGCACAGAGUACACAAAAAGCAACAAUAUGCCGAUACAUUUACUACGACUAAUUCUAACAUUGAGUAUUUAAGGCAAAAACGAUAAAAAGAGUUGGAAAUAAUUUGACAUAUACUGAAAUUUUUACUCAAAAGGGAUUGACAUACUUGCUGGCUGAAGAGUUUUUGUACGUCUAAUAGUAAACUAGCUAUCACUUUAACUUUCAGUUGCUAGAAAUUCUUUUCCAUUUUUCAGAAAUUCAUUUACAUUCUUCAGGAAUUGCAUUUUGGAAAUAGAAAAGCAUGACAUCUAAGUUCGCUUACCUUUUGACUUUAUUGAUCUCGCCAAACAUGCAAGAAAAUUGACUUUCGACAAUAAAAUCGCAGAACACAAAUCAUAAGAUAUGAAUGCAAAAGAAAAGAACAAAAUUUGCAUCACUUUUUUUUAAUCCUGAAAAUAAAUGCAAAAUGAUAAAAAUUGUAAAAAAAAUAAUUCCGCUCGUAACGUAAAAGUAAACAUGAAAUACUUUUGAACAGCUGUUUUAGUCGAUUCAUUUAGCGGCUGGUAGGACUUGCAGUAUUUGCGAAAAUUUUGCCGAGUACUCUACGAAAAUAUAAUAAAAAACAAAAUGGGUUUGCGAAGGAAAAAAUUGUACAUUUAUUUUCUCAUUGUGUUCGGUUCGAUAUUUUAUUGUGAAUUUCUGGCCGAUUAUAUUACGUUGUGGAAAUGUGAAUGGCCACCACUUCCACAAGAUAAAGAUGUCCCAAGUUUAAGGGCUAUGAUUUUAGCCGAUGUUCACUUACUAGGACCUGUAAACGGCCAUUGGUUAGAUAAAUUGUAUCGUGAAUGGCAUAUGAGACGGGCGUUUCAAGCGUCUUUAACUAUACAUUAUCCCGAUGUUGUUUUCAUUUUAGGAGAUCUGUUUGAUGAAGGUUAUUUUGUCAACCAACAUUAUUUUCGAGAAUAUAUUCGACGCUUUCGUAGCUACUUUCAUACACCUCAACAUAUACGAUUGAUAAGUAUAGCCGGGAACCAUGAUAUUGGUUUUCAUUAUAGGAUGCAGCCCUAUGUCGUAAAUCGUUUCAAAAGGCAUCUCAAUUAUACCGGAAUCCACUUAUAUACCGUAAACAAAGUACAUUUUAUCUUAAUCAACUCAAUGGCUAUGGAAAACGAUGGUUGCAGUUUCUGCAAAAAUGCCCUAAAAGACCUGCAUAAUAUAAAAGAUAAGUUGGAUUGUUUACGAAAUGUACACACUUGCUCGGACAUGGAAACGAUUCAAAAUCACCACUAUUAUAGCCGACCUAUAAUUAUGCAACAUUUCCCAACAUAUCGUAUAUCGGAUAAGUCGUGUACAGAACAUGAUUCCUUAGAAAUAGAAGAGUACCGGGAAAAAUGGGAAGUUUUAUCGAGGAAUUCCACAGACUGGUUGGGGGAACUGCUGCAACCUCGUUUAUCAUUUGCGGGCCAUAGUCACCAUUAUUGUCAUUCAAUCAAUCGUUGGGGCGUGGAUGAAUAUACCUUAGCCUCAUUUAAUUGGCGCAAUAAAAUUAAUCCAAGUUUCCUAAUGGCUACCUUAACUUCGGAAAAUCAUUGGGUUUCCAAGUGUAAUAUGCUAAAACAGGAAACUGUUGUCAAUGUGUAUUUAUGCGCAAUUUUUCUCCUUACCGUUGGAUUGGUGAGAGAUACUCACAGGUGGUUUCUUCAGAAAAUUAAGCUCCUUUAGAACAAAAAUUCUCCCUCGUUGUAUUUAUUUUAUUCA